GAAGCGGUUCCGGAAACUCCGGAAACGGUUCCCAAGCGGCGCCUGCGAACCCCGAGGCCGUUCCGCAACCCCGGGAAACGGUUCCGAAGCGGUUCCGGAAGUUGCCAGGCGACUCCGGAGCUUGCCGAGAGGUUCCGAAGCAGUCCGGAGGUUCUCGAAGCCACUCCAGAGACCCACGAAGCGGCCCCGGAGACUUCCCGGCGGUUCUGAAGCGGUUCCGGAGAGUCCCGAACCACCUCCCCCUUUCCGGAGAUCUCCGGAAGGUUUCGAGCGGCUCCGGACAUCCCUGAGACCGUUCCGCAAAGCCCCGAAACGGUUCCGAAACGGUUCCGGACAUCCCCGAGGCGGUUCCGGAAGUUGCCAAGUGACUCCGGAGCUUCCCGAAGCCCUUCCGGAAACUCCCGAAGCCGUUCCGAAGGAGUUCCGGAUCUCCCCGAACCCUCUCCGGAGCUUCACGAAUCGUGCCCGGAAGUUGCCGAGCGCUUGUGAAGCGGUUCCGGAGAGUCCCGAGCGGCUCCGGAAGUUGCCGAGCGGCUCCGGAAGUUGCCGAGCCGGCCGGCCCUCAGCGUUCGCCCCCGGCCCCCGUCGCCCCCGGACCCCCCGAACCGGAGCCGCCCCCGGCCCGGUCCCGCUCCCUCGGCCCCGGGGGGGGCCCGGACCCGCCCCGGCCCCGGCCCCGCCGCCCCGGCCCGGCAGGAUGAUCAAGCUCUUCUCGCUGAAGCAGCAGAAGAAGGAGGAGGAAUCGGCGGGCGGCACCAAGAGCUCCAGCAAAAAGGCCUCGGCCGCGCAGCUCCGCAUCCAGAAAGACAUCAACGAGCUGAACCUGCCCAAGACGUGUGAGAUCGACUUCUCGGACCAGGACGAUCUCCUGCACUUCCGGCUGCUCAUCUGCCCCGACGAGGGUUUCUACAAGGGCGGCAAAUUCGUCUUCAGCUUUAAGGUGGGCCAGGGCUACCCGCACGACCCCCCGAAGGUGAAGUGUGAGACGAUGGUUUAUCACCCCAACAUCGACCUGGAGGGCAACGUCUGCCUCAACAUCCUCAGGGAGGACUGGAAGCCGGUGCUGACCAUCAACUCCAUCAUCUACGGCCUCCAGUACCUGUUCCUGGAGCCGAACCCCGAGGACCCCCUGAACAAGGAGGCGGCCGAGGUCCUGCAGAGCAACCGGCGCCUGUUCGAGCAGAACGUGCAGCGCUCGCUGCGGGGGGGCUACGUGGGGGCCACCUACUUCGAGCGCUGCCUCAAGUGACCCCAAAAUCCCCCCCAAAACCACCCCCAAAAACCCCAAAACUCCCCCACCCCGAAUCCAGCCCGGACCCCACAAAUCUGUUGGUUGUGGGGUGGGGUGAGGGGGGGUUUGUGGGGUUUGCUGAGCCCUGAGCGCUGCCUGGAGUGACCCAACCCCAAAAAAAAAACCCAAAAAAACCCCAAAACCCCUCAAAAACCCCUCAAAAAAAACCCAAACCAGCCCAGACCCCACAAACCUCCCCUCAGUGUGGGGUUUUUGGGGUUUUUGGAGUUUUUGGGGUUUGCUGAGCCCCGAGCGCUGCCUGGAGUGACCCAACCCCAAAAAAAAACCCCAAAAAAACCCCAAAACCCCUCAAAAACCCCUCAAAAAAACCCCAAACCAGCCCAGACCCCACAAACCUCCCCUUGGGGUGAGGGGGGGUUUGUGGGGUUUGCUGAGCCCUGAGCGCUGCCUGGAGUGAGCCCCCCAAAAAAAUACCCCAAAAAACCCCCAAGAACCCCCCAAAAAUCCCAAAACCCCCCAAAAAAACCCCAAAACCCCCUAAAAAACCCAAACCAGCCCAGACCCCACAAAGCUCCCCUCAGUGUGGGGUUUUUGGGGUUUUUGGGGUUUGUGGGGUUUGCUGAGCCCUGAGCGCUGCCUGGAGUGAGCCCCCCAAAAAAAAUACCCCAAAAAACCCCAAAACCCCUCAAAAAAAGCCCCAAAAACCCCAAAACCCCUCAAAAAAAGCCCCAAAAACCCCAAAACCCCCUCAAAAAAAAACCCAAAACCAGCCCAGACCCCACAAACCUCCCCUUGGUUUUUGGGAUUUUUGGGGUUUUUGGGGUUUGCUGAGCUCCGAGCGCUGCCUGGAGUGACCCCCCCCAAAAAAAAACCCCAAAAACCUCCCAAAAAACCCCAAAACCACCCCAAAAAAAACCCCAAACCCCCCAAAACCAGCCCAGACCCCACAAACCUCCCGUUAAGGUGGGGUUUUUGGGGUUUUUGGGGUUUUUGGGGUUUGCUGAGCCCCGAGCGCUGCCUGGAGUGAGCCCCCCCCAAAACAACCCCAAAAACCUCCCAAAAAACCCCUAAAACCCCAAAAA